AGGAUCUUUAUUUAUUUAAAUGUGGAAUUCAAAGAGUUUUUUCCUCGAAGAAUUUAAAGGUUCAGUCGUAUAAAUUGGUGCUACCAUUCUUUUCUAGUUCUGUUGUUCUACACUAAACCCAGUACGGCAGUCGAUUCAUUUUUCUUUUUUUAGGGUUUUAAGCCUCAGUUCUUCUAUUUCCGCCCAAAAUAAAUUUCCAAACAACCGAUUGCUGCCACUGGUCUUCGCAUCUUGCCGCUGAUCGCCGCUGCCGCAACUCAUUGUCCUCUGUUUCUAAUUUCUUCUGGAGCUGAGUCCAUCAGUGUUUGCAAAAUGGAGAGUAAAACAAAGAAAGAUCCAGAAUCGAUCAACUCAAAUGCAAGGGGUAACACUAGCCACAAGAGAGAAAGGGGCUUGCAGAUUGAAGGAUACUCACUGGAAGGAAUAUCAAUAGCAGGUCAUGAGACAUGCAUAAUAGUUCCCACGCUUAACUUAGCCUUUGAUAUUGGAAAGUGCCCUCAGCGUGCCAUCUCCCAGCAAUUCCUUUUCAUCUCUCAUGGCCACAUGGACCACAUUGGAGGACUGCCUAUGUAUGUUUCGACUCGUGGCCUUUACAGAAUGAAACCUCCUACUAUUAUUGUUCCAAAAGUUAUCAAAGGAAGUGUUGAGAAGCUUUUUGAAGCUCACCGAGCUAUGGAUCACUCUGAAUUGAACCAUACUUUGAUUGGUUUGGAUGUGGGAGAAGAAUUCUACUUGAGAAAGGAUCUUAAAGUUAGAGCAUUUAAGACUUACCAUGUCAUUCCUAGCCAGGGUUAUAUAGUAUAUUCAGUGAGGCAGAAGCUUAAGCAAGAAUAUGUGGGCCUUCCGGGAGAUGAACUUAAGAAGUUAAAGUUAUCAGGUGUGGAGAUCACAUACACUACAACAGCACCUGAAAUUGCAUUUACUGGAGAUACAAUGUCAGACUUCAUUAAGGAUUCCGAAAAUGUUGAUGUUUUGAGGGCAAAAAUCCUCAUAAUGGAGAGUACAUAUGUGGAGGACAAAACAACAGCUGAUGAUGCAAGAGAAUAUGGACAUACUCAUCUGUCUGAGAUUAUCAAUUUCGCAGACAGGUUUCAGAACAAAGCAAUCCUUUUAAUCCACUUUUCCGCCCGCUAUCAGUUGGAUGUUAUUCAGGAGGCUAUUUCUGCAAUACCUCCGCCUUUGGCAGGCAGAGUUUUUGCCCUCGCAGAAGGUUUUUGACGCAAAGCCGAAUUCACGUAUUAACCUUUAUUUGGUGAAAACAUUGAAUCUUAUUUUACUCGAAUCUUUAUUUGUAAUGUCUCGAUAUUGAUUAUUGUUUUUAAAAAAGGGAAAUUAGCCAUUAUAACCUAUUACUAUCAGAAAACCAACAAUAUUUUUAGGUUCUUGAAAUGUCUUCUUUAGAAGGCAGAAAGGUUGUGACCUAUUACUAUCAGCAAACUUCUCAAGUGCAAAUGGAAAAUCUAUUUAAGUCA